AUGAUUCGUACCAGUUAUUACCUCUUCCUUACAAAGUUGAUUUGUGUGAUAGCUCAUACAAUUUGUUCUGGACUGAUGAAGUCGCUGAAAAUAUACAGAUGCGAAGAGUAUCGUCCGUAAAAACUUUAUCAGUAAGGGAAUCUGCAGAUUUACGAAGAACAGCAACUAGCUCUCUACAACCAUCUACAUUAGAAUCAAUUUCGGAUGUAGGCCUUAGAAAAUCAGUUCAACCAAUAGAAACUCCAGAACAGAGACUUAUUUUACAAGAAGCGAAAAGGCAGACAGGGGAUAUGGUAAAACAAAUAUCAAUCGAAGAACCCAUUGUCCCAGCUUCUACACCAAGAAAGAGGAAAAGAACUGAUGAUGAACUUAUACAAAUACCUCUUGAAGAUAGGGCAGUAGGAGCACCUGAGGAAGUAACAUAUCCUGAUCAAAUAACAAUUGUUGAACAGAUUGCAGUUGCUAACCAUGCAGCUGCACCUGAAGCAAUAAUUUCUCGUGAAGUAGAAACAAUAGUUCAAGAACUUUCGGAACAUAUUCCAAGUGUUAGGACAGGAAAUUUUGUUCUAAAUAAACCCUUUUGUUACAGGGAAAGCCCAUUACCAAGUGAUUAUAAAAUAAGACAACAAAGGAUUAUUGAUAUAGUUGCGAAAUGGACUCAAGGCCCACUCUCGAUUGAACACAUCUGUGAAAAGCCUAUUCAUAGAUUGCAUAUUGCCAGGGCUUUUUCUGAUUUGCUCAGUAAGUAUUUGAUUUUAUUUUAUAAGAUUAAUUUUUUGUUUCAAAUAACCUAUACCCCUUACCUUUUAAACGUCUUUCUUUUACUUUCAGUGGCUCACCUUUAAGGGGUUGUAGCUCAGUUGCAAACAUUUCUCCAUCUAUAUUAUAAACUUUAUCACUUUUUUAGUUUUAGUUGUAGAAUGUGAAUUUCAUUAAGGGUAUUUUAGUAGGGCUUAUUUUUAGUCAAUUUAAUUAUAUAUUACGUAAAACCUAAUAGUUUUCAGGAAACAUUUUUUUAAACAUAUUUAAAGUUUUUAAUUAAAUGUAAUAUAUUUUUUUUCGAUUUAAAACGUAAUGUUUCGGACAAUCGGUUGCUUAAUAAACAUUGCUCAUUUUCGUGCCCUCUAUCACCCUUUUCAAGGAACGCAUUUAUUUCAGAAACACUGUAUACGUUCUCAAAUAGUCAGGCCCAAUUAUACAACAAACUUGGCCCAUAACAAAUUUAGUAAAUAUAAUAGGAUGUUUUUUAGUAGGAGGUACAUAACUGGAAGUACACAAUUUCCAAUCUUAAAAAUUAUAAAAAAAAAAUCUACAAUAUGAUAUUAAGAGGGCUAUAUGUCAGAGUACGCGUUGGCAUUUACAUUAUGAUUCUAAGGACCUGUUGUUGAGCUUGGUCAACACCCUUUUGCAGGAUUUAAAAAAUCUUCUUUAAGCUUUUUCUAACAGAAAAAUAUAAAAAUUAUGGAUGGAUUAUUAUCCGAAAAUAGACUGACUCUUCCACAAGAUUUGCAAAGUACGCUAUGAUAUUUUUUUCAUUUUUACAGUUGUAAAAACAAUAUUACGCAGUCUUCUGUUUAAAAGACUAAUCUCUGAUUAGCUCUACAAAAUCCAUCAUAUUAGAAUGGAGAAUAAAAGAACAUAGUCUAUUUUUCCCAUCUUUAUAAAAAAAAGGUUUGUCUAUUACUCUUUCAUCCUACUUUGGUUGUUUUUAUAUGCAAAUGCUUACUAGCUUUCUCAUUCUUACAGAUCUCAUAAAAAUUUGCUUUAACUUGUAAUAUUAAAGUUAGUUCAAGAAAAAAAUAUUUGUGUAACUAUUGGGUUCUAUAUAUAAUGUAUAUUAAACUGAUUGUAUAUGUGUGAGAACUAUUAAUACAAAUAUGUCAACUUACCAGCAGCUUAGACUUUUUCUAAAGAAAGAUAUUUGCUCUCUGGAGUAAGACCUAUCUGUUGAAAGAUGAAAAUUCUAAAUGUCAUUUCUAUAAGACAAUAUUGUAUAAAAUACUCAUUUUUUUUCGUAUUUUAUUAUUAAAGAUAAUUGUGUAUUAUUAAAAAGGAGGUACAAUUAUUUAAAAAAAGGAGUGAUAUUCAGAGUUUCCCACUAAAAAUUGACACUUUUUUUGGAGGAAACAAUUGAACAUUAGUAUGCGAUUUCUAGAUGUAACUUGUUUUUUUUUAAUGGAACAAACACCUCACAUUUGUUUUAAAUUUUUGAAAUAUGUAAAUUUUCCUGAUUUCUUCUCAGUUAUUCUUAUGUCCCUCAAGGUGUCGGAUCUGAGUUUCCAUGGCAGAGUAUAUCCACUUCUUCCAUUCCUUUCUGCCUUGUUCUAGUCAUUUUAUCUCUGUCAUCUUGUUUCUCCAAUUUUUUCUAUUUUCAAUUUUUCUUUUCCUAGUAUAGGAUAAUAGAAUA